AGCACCGUCCCGCAUUCAAGUAUAUGGUGUAUUAUUGAACAGCAAGCUAAGCUAGAAACAAUUGAGCAGGAAAACAGUGGGCUUUAAUUUCUCUGUAAUAUCUUCCGUCCAUUUACAGAGAUUGAGAUGGAGAACCAUGAAACGGGAAAUCAAAAGCAUGAUGAGGAAGACAAGGUGGUUCACUGCCUCAUAUUACCAUUUCCAGCCCAGGGCCACAUAAACCCCAUGCUUCAAUUCUCCAAGCGAUUAGAAGCCAAAGGAGUGAAGAUCACCAUAGCUGUAACCAAGUUCUUGUUAACAACCUUGCAGGACCUCUCAAGCAGCCAUCUCUCCAUUGAAACCAUCUCCGACGGCUUUGACGAGGGCUGCUCUUCUCAGACCCGAAGCAGUCAGGCUUACAUCGAUAAAUUCCGAGAAGUUGGUUCCGAGACGUUGGCGCAAGUUCUCCGUCGUCUCCGGGUUGGGCGUUUUCCGGUUAGCUGUGUCGUUUAUGACGCGUUUCUGCCUUGGGUUGUGGACGUGGCGGUUGAGGAGGGAGUUUCCGGUGCCUGUUUUUUUACGCAGUCGUGUGCGGUGGAUGGGAUUUACUAUUACUGCCAACAGGGGCGGAUUAAAGUUCCUCUUGGCGGCGAUGAAGUGGUUGAAAUUCCGGGGUUGCCGUGUUUGGAGCCCAAAGACAUGCCGUCUUUUAUAUAUUCUCCUGAAUCGUCAUACCCCUUCGCCUUGGAAAUGCUUAUGAACCAAUUCUGUAAUAUUCAGAAGGCCGACUGGAUCCUGGUCAACACUUUCUACGAGCUCGAGCGCCAGGUAAUUGAUUGGAUGAGGAAAUUAUGGGUGGUGGGGGCAAUUGGGCCAACUGUACCAUCAAAGUAUCUAGACAAUCGAUUGCCAGAUGACAAAGAGUACGGUUUGAGCGUGUUCAAACCUAUGACGGAAGUUUGCAUGAAAUGGUUGGACGACCGGCAAGAUGGUUCGGUUGUUUACGUUUCAUUUGGAAGCAUGGUGCAUUUGCAAGAGGAGCAGAUGGAGGAAUUGGCGUGGGCUCUCAGGAGGAGCAAUAGACCCUUCUUGUGGGUAGUAAGAUCCGAGGAAGCUAAUAAGCUUCCUAAGAAUUUCCUAGAGGAGAAGACGAGAGGAUUGGUGGUGUCGUGGUGCCCGCAAUUGCAAGUUUUAGCCCACAGUGCUGUGGGAUGCUUUUUGACACAUUGCGGAUGGAACUCGACAUUAGAAGCAAUAAGUUUAGGGGUCCCAAUGAUUGCAAUACCUCAAUGGUCUGACCAGGCCACCAAUUCGAAACUCGUGAUGGACAAGUGGAAAACUGGGGUCAGGGCAAAGACAGACGAGAAUGGUGUGGUGAAGAGAGAGGAGAUUGAGGAGUGCAUAGGGCGAGUGAUGGAGGAAGAAGAGAUGAGAGCAAAUACAAGAAAAUGGAAGCAAGUUUGCAAAGAGGCAAUGGAGGAGGGUGGCACUUCAGACCGUGAUAUCCAGGACUUCAUUUCUUGUUUGGCAGCCAAAUCCAUGACUAAGUAAGAUUUGUUUGUUUGUUUUUGUUUUUUUUUUUUAUAAAAAAUUUUAUGUAAAGGCUACUUGCUUUUCAGUAAAAUAAAUUAAGACAUUCGAAUUGCGAGAUGAAUAUCUUGAACUUUAUUUAAAUAUAAAUUGUAUUCCAUGAGCCA